AUGUCCACCAAUUCAAACAGCUUUUGUACGUAUGCGAUCUAUGCACGUUUACGCAUAGUCAGGGGUCUCAGUGAUGACCUCAUUACUGACAUAGUACUUCGAGGCAUUAACGACCCUCAGGUUAAAGCGGCAGCAACAAACGCAAACCUAUCCCCUGAUAAAUUAGUCAAUUACCUGUCUAAAUUCAUGAAGCCUGAUAACUCCUACACCAAACCGGUCCGCCGUCUGUUUCAACCGAACAGCAUCAGCAGAACCCAAGGUAAUAAGCGACCAGUACAAGCCUUCAACGCUAGUAUUAAGCGUUUCCACUAUGGCGAGCAAGGGCACAAACAGGUAAACUAUUCCAAAAAGCCAAAAAUUGGCACUGCAGCUGCUACAAAGGAACCUGUGUCGAGUAAGCCAACUGGUAAGGCAGACAAUGCCGCUGCGUGUGCUUAUUGCAAGAAGACAGGCCAUCACAUUAGGGACUGUUUUACGAAGCAAUGA